CAUCUUUCCUCAACAGCUAAGAACUGUGCUGAGCUAUACAAAGCUGGCAAAAGAAUCAGCGGCGUGUACACAAUCGACCCUGAUGGUGAAGGUGCCUUUGAAGUGUUCUGUGAUCAAAAAACAAGCGGAGGGGGGUGGACAGUGUUCCAAAAGAGACUGGACGGCUCGGUUUCUUUCUACAAUUACUGGGAUGACUACAAAAAUGGGUUUGGUAACCUGAAUGGUGAGUUCUGGCUUGGAUUGGACAAGAUUUACCGCCUGACGGAAAAGAAACGCAACCGGCUUCGAGUUGAUCUGGAGGAAACUACAGGCAACACUGCUUACGCUGAAUAUGACAUGUUUGCAGUUACAAACGAAGCGACUAAAUACAAGCUCAGUCUGGGAAAUUACUCAGGUAUCGUGCUUGGAAUGUAUUUAAUUUUGAUGUAUAGUAUUUUGUCUUCGUGUCUUAAUUAUUCGUUCAAAGCUUGGUUGUUAGCGGUUUCUUGACUUCUUGCAAACUUGAAAACUCUAGGAAGUUUCAAAAGGAGCUCAGUUACUUUUCCAAACGUAGCCCCCCUCUUGUACUUCAAUGCUAGAUUAUAUUCAGGUAUUCUACUCCAAACAUUCCUGGUAAAAUGACCUUGUAUGACCCCUAGGAACUGCUGGUGACUCAUUAACGAGGUGGCAUCGAAACCAGCCGUUUAGCACUAGAGACCAAGAUCAUGAUGCCGCCCCACGUAACUGCGCUGUGGUCUACAGAGGAGCCUGGUGGUACUAUCGUUGCCAUCAUUCAAACUUGAAUGGUUUUUAUUACAACGGUUCACAUUCAUCAUAUGGUGAUGGUGUCAACUGGCAUUCAUGGAAAGGAUAUCACUACUCUGCCAAGAGAGCUGAGAUGAAAAUCAGACCGGUCAACUUUUAG